AUGGUCAACUCCGGUUGUGGCUCCGUCUGCUCUGACCAGAGCUGUGGCCAAGGCCUCUGCCAGGAGACCUGCUGCCAACCCAGCUGUUGCCAGACCACCUGCUGCAGGACCACCUGCUGCCACCCCAGCUGCUGUGUUUCCAGCUGCUGCAGGCCCCGCUGCUGCCAGUCUGUGUGCUGCCAGCCCACCUGCAGCCGUCCUACCUGCUGCAUCUCUAGUUGCUACCGCCCCACCUGCUGCCAGACCACCUGCUGCAGGACCACCUGCUGCCGCCCCAGCUGCUCUGUGUCCAGCUGCUACCAGCCCCAGUGCUGCCAGCCCACCUGCUGCCAGCCGACUUGCUGCCGCCCCAGCUGCUAUGUGUCCAGCUGCUGCCAGCCCACCUGCUGCCAGCCCACUUGCUGCCGCCCCAGCUGCUCUGUGUCCAGCUGCUGCCAGCCCCAGUGCUGCCAGCCCACCUGCUGCCGCCCCUGCUGCUGCCUGCGUCCAGUCUGUGGCCGAGUCUCCUGCCACACCACUUGCUAUCGCCCAACCUGUGUCAUCUCCACCUGCCCCCGCCCCCUGUGCUGCGCCUCUUCUUGCUGCUGA